UUAUCAUUUUGUGUUCCAGGUUUCUGAAACCGGCUUCGUGUUUAACCCACAAAAGACUUGUUUUUCUGUUGGUUCUUUUGUUCCUGAAACAGGGGUUUUGUAUGAAGAGCAGCCAGGGAUGUCUUGGUGUUUGAGUUCUUCGACUGGACAAAAAAUAUCUCUGCUUUCUCACAAACUCUUGAAACUCAGAGCAUUCUCUCAUCUGGGUUUUUCUGAAUACGUAAAAGAACGAUUGGGUGUUGAUGAUGCUAAGAGCAGAGCUUGGAAUACUACUCAAACAUCUGGUUCAGAUGUGGAGAGCAGCAUCUAUACAAUUCUGACAAUUGACCGUUGGGAGUCUCUGAAUCACAUGGCAUAUGGGUUGAAGCAACUUAGGCCAGUUCAUGGAAGACUAGCUUUGAAAUUUCUCAAGUGGGUCAUCAAACAACCUGGUUUGGAACUCAAACACCUCACCCAUAUGUAUUGUCUCACUGCCCAUAUACUUGUUAAAGCUAGAAUGUAUGACUCUGCCAAAUCAAUUUUGAGACAUUUAUGCCAAAUGGGUAUUGGCUCAAAAUCCAUUUUUGGUGCCCUCAUGGACACAUACCCGCUUUGCAAUUCAAUUCCUUCAGUUUUUGACCUUCUAAUUCGGGUUUAUUUAAAAGAGGGUAUGAUUGAUUAUGCCGUGGAGACAUUUGAAUUGGUGGGUCUUGUGGGAUUUAAGCCUUCGGUAUAUACUUGUAACAUGAUCCUAGCUUCAAUGGUGAAGGACAAGAGGACAGAAUUGGUUUGGUCAUUGUUUAGGGAAAUGUCGGAUAAGGGAAUUUGCCCAAACGUUGGUACUUUUAAUAUACUGAUAAAUGGUUUAUGUGUUGAAGGGAAUCUUAAGAAAGCUGGCAAUCUCUUGAAACAGAUGGAAGAGAAUGGUUUCGUUCCCACCAUAGUUACUUAUAAUACUUUGCUCAAUUGGUAUUGCAAGAAGGGAAGGUAUAAAGCGGCUAUUGAGUUGAUUGAUUAUAUGAUUUGUAAAGGUAUUGAAGCUGAUGUCUGUACGUAUAAUGUGUUUAUCGAUAAUUUGUGUACAAACCACAGGAGUGCAAAAGCUUAUUUAUUGUUGAAAAAGAUGAGGAAGGAGAUGAUAUCCCCAAAUGAAGUCACAUAUAAUACUCUUAUUAAUGGGUUUGUUAAAGAGGGAAAGAUUGGAGUUGCUGCUCAAGUUUUUAAUGAGAUGUCAAAGUUUGAUCUUUCACCAAACUGUGUUACUUAUAAUGCUUUGAUUGGUGGCCAUUGUCAUGUGGGUGAUUUUGAGGAAGCUCUGAGGCUUUUAGAUCAUAUGGAAGCAGCUGGACUCAGACUUAAUGAAGUUACCUAUGGGACUCUUUUGAAUGGGUUAUGCAAACAUGAAAAGUUUGAGUUGGCAAAAAGACUUCUGGAGAGGAUGAGGGUGAAUGAUAUGGUUGUUGGUCAUAUUGCUUAUACAGUGUUGAUUGAUGGGCUAUGCAAAAAUGGGAUGCUUGAUGAAGCUGUACAGUUGGUGGGUAACAUGUACAAGGAUGGAGUAAAUCCUGAUGUUAUCACAUAUUCAUCACUCAUAAAUGGAUUUUGCAGAGUGGGAAACAUAAAGAGUGCUAAAGAGAUAAUUUGUAGGAUGUAUAGAUCUGGGCUUGUACUGAACAAGAUCAUAUACUCAACCUUAAUUUACAAUUUUUGCCAGCAUGGAAAUGUUACAGAAGCAAUGAAAGUUUAUGCUGUCAUGAACUGCAAUGGCCAUGGUGCUGACCAUUUCACGUGUAAUGUGUUGGUUUCUUCUCUCUGUAGAGAUGGAAAGUUAGGGGAGGCAGAAAAAUUUCUUUGUCAUAUGAGUAGGAUUGGCCUAGUUCCUAACUCCAUCACUUAUGACUGUAUUAUAAAUGGCUAUGGCAGUAUUGGGGAUCCUUUAAAUGCUUUUUCCUUCUUUGAUGACAUGAUCAAAUGUGGUCAGCAUCCAAGUUUUUUCACAUAUGGAAGUCUACUAAAAGGAUUAUGCAAGGGGGGAAAUUUGGUGGAAGCAAAAAAGUUCUUGAAUAGACUACAUUACAUUCCUGGUGCUGUAGACUCUGUUAUGUACAAUACAUUACUAGCUGAGACAUGUAAAUCAGGCAAUUUGCAUGAGGCAGUGGCCCUCUUUGAUAAGAUGGUCCAGAAUAAUGUGCUGCCUGAUAGCUACACAUACUCUAGUCUUUUGACUGGGUUAUGUAGGAAGGGCAAGGCAGUUACUGCAGUUUGUCUAUUUGGAACAGCCAUGGGAAGGGGAACCUUGUUUCCUAACCAUGUUAUGUACACAUGUUUGGUUGACGGUCUUUCCAAGGCAGGCCAUCCAAAGGCUGCUUUCUAUUUCUUUGAAGAGAUGAUGAAGAAAGGUACAUGCCCUGAUACAGUUGCAUUCAAUGCAAUUAUAGACAGUUGCUCAAGAAGAGGUCAAAUGAUGAAGGCAAAUGAUUUUUUCUCCACAAUGAGGUGGUGGGGUGUGUGUCCUAAUCUGGCUACUUAUAAUAUUCUUUUGCACGGGUUUUCAAAAAAACAGGCUUUGUUAAGGUACUUAUCAUUAUACAGUACCAUGAUGAGGGAGGGUAUUUUCCCUGAUAAGUUGACAUUCCAUUCUCUCAUUCUUGGACUUUCAAAGUCAGGUAUACCGGACCUUGGGGUUAAGCUUUUGGGAAAGAUGAUAAUGGAAGGUACUUUAGCUGAUCAGUUUACAUUUAAUAUACUUAUCAAUAAGUAUAGUGAGAGUGGAAAGAUGAGAAAGGCCUUUGAUCUGGUCAAUUUUAUGAAUACCUUGGGGGUUUUUCCUGAUCGAGAUACCUACAACCAUAUUUUUAAUGGACUCAAUAAAAAAUCUGCUUUCCGAGAAUCUACUGUGGUUUUACAUGAAAUGUUGGAAAAUGGUGUUAUUCCAAAACAUGCCCAAUAUAUUACUUUGAUUAAUGGCAUGUGUAGAGUUGGAGAUAUACAAGGAGCAUUCAAGCUAAAAGAUGAGAUGGAGGCACUUGGUUUUGGCUCCCAUGAAGUAGCUGAGAGUGCUAUGGUUAGAGGGCUUCUGCACUGUGGAAAGACUGAAGAUGCAAUGCUUGUUUUGGAUCAUAUGCUUAGGAUGCGACUUCUUCCCACUAUUGCCACAUUCACAACUCUAAUGCAUAGAUUCUGUAGAGAUGCUAAGAUUGCAGAGGCUUUAAAGUUGAAGGGUGUAAUGGAGCUUUGUGGUCUGAAGCUUGAUGUUGUUGCUUACAAUGUUCUCAUUAUGGGCAUGUGUGCUAAUGGGGAUUCUGCAGCUGCAUUUGAGCUAUAUGAGGAAAUGAGACAUAGGGAUCUUUGUCCGAAUAUUACCACCUAUGCUGUUCUUGUUGAUGCCAUUUCCGCUGCAAAUAAUCUUAUUCAGGGUGAAAAGCUUUUGACUGAUCUACAGGAGCGGGGAUUGAUAUCUUGGGGUGGUAGCACCCAACAUUUGGACAAGGAAUUGACAGUUGCCAUGGGAAAAUUAAAUUAUAUAAGGUUCAAAAGAAGAAAUAGUGUCAAUAACAAGACAAAUUAGCUGGGCCACAUGAUAUGGUUUUGGGGAUGCAAAAUAUAGGUUGUUCCUCUGGAAGCCUACUAUCUAAUGAUGCUGAGAUGGGCCUUCCAAUUACUUAACAGUUGUGCCCUUGGCUUGGUGCUUCUAUCCCACAACAACUGAAUGGACUAUUACUACAGUUACUCCUUGGUGUAGCAUCAUGGAGAUUUCCUUCAAUGGGUUGAUCUUUCUAAUGAUUUUAAUUCAUGCUUUGGGAACCACAUGAUGUUAAGGCAGGAUUUGCAGGUUCAGAAUGACCUUUUGCAAUCUGAUCCUCACUUCCAAGAUGCUGUUCUUCACAUGAUUUAUGUUAUAAGAACAACCAUGUAUAGCUGCAGUGGCAAGCAUUUCUAUUAUACAUAUUAGGUAUUUGCCUUCUCUUAAAGAAUAUUUUCCUCAUGCAUUUUGUAGUUUAUGCUAGUUGUGUAAGUUUUCAAAAUUUUUACUUCUUUUCGUAUUUUUUCCUUGUUCUAGGUCUAUAAUAUAUUUUCUCUUUUCUUCUUCUCCCCCAUAAAGUUUCAAACUUUCGGUUCUCAUGUAAGUGCUGCAGCAUCUUUCAAUAUCUACUGGCUUAAUAAGGCUCUUCUUUGUAAAUGGUGUUGGCGCUUUGCGGAUGAAAGGGGGACUCUUUGAAAACAAGCUAUUAGUGGGAAGUGUGGGGUAUAAGAAGGGGGAUGGAGCUCUUGUGAAGUGAGAGAGGGGUAUGAGGUGGCCUUUGGAAAACUAUAAGGAAAUAAUGGAAUACCUUGGGUAAUAGAAUUGCUUUUGAAGUGGGUAAUGGCAAAAGGGUGAGUUUUUAGAAGGAUAAGAGAUGUGGCGACAAGGUCUUGUGUCUUUCUUUCCCCUCUUUUAUUUGCUCUUGUGGUUUCAAAAGAGGUGCAGGUGGCGGAUGUAUGGGACUCUUAAGAUCGAGGAUGGCAGUUGAAAUCUGAGUUUCUCUAGGCCUUUUAAUGAUUAAGAGGUGGAUAUUGUGGAAAGGUUCCGUUCAAGAAUACAAGAGAAGAGGGUGCCCCCUGAUUUGGAAGAUAAGGUGCUUUGGACAGUGUUAAAGAAUGAAAAGUUUUCUAUUAAGUCUCUCUAUGAUGCUUUGGAGCCAGAUGAUGCAGUCCCUUUUCUGAGGAGUAUCAUUUGGAGCCUGUGAGUUCCUUCCAAGGCAGGUUUUUUUGCUUGGAAGCAGCAUGGGGAAAGGCCUUAACUUUGGAUCAGGUGAAAAGGAAGGGAUGAUCUCUAACGAACGGAUGGUUUCUUUGCCAUGUCGAAGAAGAGACCAUUGACCACAUUCUACUUCAUUGCGUUAAGGCUAAGGCGCUGUGGCAGUUACUUUUUGCUCUUACCCUUGUUAGUUAGAGAGACUCUUUUUAGUUGGUAUUACUCAUUUGUGGGGAAGAAGUGCAAAAAGGCUUGGAAGGUAGCCCCUUUGUGUAUUUUUUGGAUAAUUUGGAAGGAAAGGAACAGACUUUGCCUUUGAUAACAAGGAGCUGUUGGUACAAAGGCUGAAAAAUUCCUUUGUUUGUACUUUUUGGUCUUAGACUAAGUUGUGUAUAGAUAGAGUGUCUCUUCCUUUAAUCAAUUUUUUUUUUUAUUGGUUGGGCUCUAGAUGAGGGUGGGUGGUAUUUUUUGUAACCCCUCUUUUUGUAGAUUCUACUUUAGGCGAUAGCUGUAUAUUUCCUGUAUGCCUCAGGAUGCCUAUUGGGCAUCCUUUCUUCUUAUUCAAUACGAUAUUGAUUUUACCUAUAUAUAAAAAAAGAGAAAUCUUUCAGUCUGUCUACUGGCUUGCACCAAUUCGGAUAUGAUUGAGGCUUGUCUGCAAACAUUUGCAGCUUUAUUCAAUCAAUCAACUGGAAAGUACUCCCUAUGAGAUGCUUCUGUGACUUAAAGGUAAUUUAGUUCUGCUUCAGGUUGGGUGCAAAAAAGGAAUAAGGGCUAGGAUUAAUUGGAUGCGGUGUUCAUAGAAUGGGUCUGAUCCAAUGGCUUAUAAGUUGGGUUGCAUGCUCCAUUUUGUUUUCUAUGCAGUGAAUUAUCAAAUGGACCACCAAUUACAGAGCAGCAGGCCCAAGGCUAACAAGUUAUUCAGUUUCCUAGCAUGAAUGUUCAUGAAGAGAUGAUCUUGAGCUUUUCAAUGAGUUAGCGAGUCAAGUCUCCAAUACUUCAAGAUUCUCCUUUGACUAAUUGUGCUUUGCAGGUGCUUUCAACUCUUUAUCCAAUGAGCAUUCAAUUUUAUGCUUUUGUAGUUCUCAUUCUAGCAAGCAGUGAUCAAUGAGUUGGUCAUAUUUUUCUAUGCUGAGCCUAAACUCAUCAAUGAAUUGGUGCCACUAUUGACCUAUGAAGGUGCAGUUCCUGAUGAAAUUCAAAUUCUGUCUGUUACUGUUGGUUGCUUUUUGUCAAGAUUGAUCUUGUCAGGAAUCUGUAUUGUCUUUGUAACAUCUGAUAAGCAUAUGAUAUUAAUUUUUUUAUUAGUAAUAUUUCAAAUUGGUCUGCUGUAUUUAUUGAGAAUCUAUUAUCUUGUCUCUGUUUUUGUUUUAUCAUUGUCAAGUUGCACUAUGUGUGAAAUGUGAUGUGUACCAUCUCUUCUAUCUGACACAGACCGUAGCAUUUGCAUUUGAUCAGCACUGCUGGACACAGAAGCUUUUGAAUUACAUCAUUCUAGUUGCUGCAUUGUUCAGAGACUUGGAGGAUUUAGAUGAUGCCAUUUCAUGCCUGAAAGUAGAAGUUUCUCACUGAAAAUGGCUUGAAGCAACCACAUGAAACUUCAAAUGGUAGUAGGAAAAGUACUCUACUAGUUGCUGAUACUUCUAAUGAGUUGGAUGACAUACAGCCUUGUUAUUCUGAAGCAUUGGCUGCUUAAUACCACCAGUUACUGGUGAAAGCUUUGUGCACUGUGCUUGUAUUUAUAUGUUUUUGAUAAGAUUUCUUUGCAUCAUCAUUCAUCUUUUAUUAUUUAGAUUUGGUGGUGGGGUGUAUUCACUUGUAUUGCCUAUCACAUGCAGUAUCAUUCCUGUGAUCCUUAGUAUUUUCCUGUCUUGGAUGCCCAUGGCAGGGAACCUGGCUUUGCCUUAAAAAAAACAUUGGCAAAUCUUCUGGGGACAUGGCUGUUGAAGAAUGUUGUCAGGUGUUGUUGUUUGUGACUUGACAAAACAGCAUAUCCCGGAUAUGGUUAAGCAGGCUAUUAUACACUUAAAUGUGCUGGCUGGAUGAAACACAUGCUCUUGGAAUUCCCUGAAAAUGGAAGCAUGACUACUUUUAGUCUUCUAAGAAGUUUCCUCUUCCCUGGAUAAGACACUGCCACCUGCCAUUAUUGGGCAUUUACUUGAUGAUCAUCAGACAUUUCAAACACCAUGGACUCGAAGAUUAUACUGAGUGGAAGUUUGCAUGCUGGACAUGAUUCAACUUGAGCCUACUAUCUCUUGACAGAUUGUAGUUUUCAUGAAAGCUACAGAUGCUAUUUGUCAGUUGGAAUCAUUUGGAGGGAGGACUGUUGUCAUUUUAUAAAGGGGGAAAACAGAAAAUGGAAAUUGAAAAGGGUUCUGGUGCCGAUCUUGGAUCAUCUUCUAAUGAAUGUGCACAAGUUCCUGAAAUAAGAUACAUGAUGGAUUAGUAUGUGAUUGAAAGGCUACAGGAAGAUUCCUGCAGAGUCCUCUUAAAAAUCUAUCGGAAUACCUGCUACAAAGGCCACAAAUAUGGUAUGAAUUAACUACCGUGGAGGUAGAUGGACCUCUGCUACUGACGUCAAAAUUGAAACAGAGGUUGAUGGAACAAGGUGGACUUGAGCAACCCAUCUGAACAAUCUGCUGGUCUUGCUUAAGAAUAUGAAGCUUUGUGACAAACUUAUUUGGACUAUAUGGGCUCGAAUGAAGGAAUCGAUGCUAUCAAUGCCUUGACAUGUAGCUUUUGGAACUAUCAUCAGGAAACACUUACUGGUAAUGAGAAUCAGACGAGUCAUCGAGCAAAUCAGAAAACUCUUCACCCAACAGGUUCUUCUCCUCCUCUUCUCCAUUCAGCUUUGGCUUUGAACUGCUUCCUCCAAUCCACCCUUCAUCUGGGUUGUCCCAGUGGAUUCUCGUGUCAACUCCUGGUGGGGCUCUCUGCCUGGGGUUUUUCGAGUCCUGGGCUGCUGCUAAAAUCCAAAAACCACCUUGGCUGCUGCUGCUUCUUCUUCUUCUUCUGCUGGGUGUUACUGAUCUGAGUUGGUUUGUGGUGUUCUGGGUUUUGAGAAGGAGGGAGAAUGAAGGUGGGGGAGCAGCUGUGGAAGCCAUGGGAGUGAAAGCAAAUGGUGUGGUGGUGGGCUUACAUGUUGAAAGGAGAGAGGGAUACACUACCUCUUGUUUUUGUGGCUGAAAAUUCAGAGAACAGGAGAGGGAUUUGUUUGUUUCCCCAUGAAAAUUGACCUACACUCCCAGUUUCGUGCUCACCAAAAUUCUGAAUAUUUUUUUUCUUUCAAUUUCUUUCUGCAAUGAAAUAGAAAAUUUUCAUACCAAAA